AUGCAACCCGACGAGGACUCUCAGGCGAGCAGCAACCGAACGCGGAAAAGUCGGCGCACGUCGGACUUGACUGGGACGCAAAUUGCCCGCAAGCGUGCUAUGGACCGUUCCAACCAGAGAACGCACAGGGCCAAGAACAAAGCUACCAUCGCAGUGCUGGAGAACAAGCUUGCCGAGCUCACCUUUCAACUGAACGAGGCCAAGACCCAGCUUGCUAAGCAAGAUGAAAUUAUCAGGAGCUUUGGUAUGGGCGCGAAUGACGGCUUCUCCCAGGACACCACGACUCUUCCUUCAGUAGCAAGUCUCGGCGGUCCUCCUGGAGCAGAGUUGCCACGAUCAACAGCCAGUCUUGGCGAGCAAAGUGGUUCAGGGACACAUGGUGUUGAGACAUCCAGGCAUUACGAUAUCUGUGAUGAGACUCUGGCGUUGGACCCUCGUCAAGACGUGUUCAAUCCCUUCACUGACAUUGAUAAAUGCUUCGACGACUGGGCAUUUGAGCUGGACUUUGGAGCUCAAACGGAUUUCUUCAAUCAAGACAUGUUCAACUUCUUGAUUGGAGCGAGACCGGAUUCUCCCGAUCAACAGAAAGCCUUAAGAAAGGGCAUGACGGAAACAGACCCUGAGUUCAACAGUGACGAGCGUAGCCCGGAACGGUCUAUCGGCUCGCCAUUUCAAGCUCAAGAGGAGCUCUCUGAGAAGAAUACUCCUUGGAGACUCAUACCACCCAACCUCCCGCCUAAGACACCAUUAGACAAAAUCAUCGUCAACAGCUCUCGGCGAGGGCGUAAACUCUUUCUUCAAACCCGCGGCCGACGACGCACUGAGCUAUCUGAACCAUGCUUUCCCAGCAUCUCACCCUUGGUCAACCGGACACCUAGCGACGGCGUACCGCGUCCAUUAUCAGAUGAGCUUGCUGCCCAAGUCCAGGGCUCGCCAUUCAAGUUCCUGGUCGAGCGCUUGGCUUUCAUGUACAAGCUCUCGCAUCUCAUUCGCUGGCUCAUGUGCCAGACCAAGGAGACCUACGAAGCCAUGCCGACAUACAUGCGGCCAACGCAGCUGCAACUGACUGUGCCGCAUCCCGCAUGGAUCGAUGCCAUCACAUGGCCAGGAGCGCGGGAUGAGAUCAUCACGAAGAUGAACUGGGAGUCGGAAUUCAACCUCUUCCAGAGGCUGACCGGGCAGACCGUGUCAGUGAACUGGCCAUAUCCUGACUCGGGUGCGUUCAUGGAGUCUAGCGACGGGCAGGUACUCACGCUACAUCCGCUGUUCGAGGCGCAUGUUAGACAGGAGGAGAACUGGACUUGUGGACAGGAAGUUGGAGCUGCGUUUGCAUUUAUGAGGAGCUAUUCCACAAAGUAG